AAGGUCACUGUAAACAACAAGCGCUAAAGAAUUGGUCAUCCACCCAUCCUCUUUAAUUUCUUUCUGUUUUGUUCGGUACUUUUAAGAAAUUGACGCCAGAAUGACGAAUCUCCUGAAAUCUCUCGUGUUACUGUCCGUUCUUAGCUGUGCCUUUGCCAUUCGCUGCUACCAGUGCUCAUCUCAAACUGAUCCGCUGGGUGCCGACAACUGCGGUGCGUACAAAGCGUUCAACAAAUCACAAAAUAUCGCGAUCGAGUGCAAUAGCGAUGAGUCGCACAUGCCCGGAUCUUUCUGCAUGAAGGUGGUACAUCAAAGUCCCCGUGGAUUCAUUUGGGAUGGUCGAUGGCGCCAGGUCAUUAGGCAGUGUGCGUCCGUAUCCGAAACGGGAGUUACGGGCGUUUGCAACUGGGGUGUGUUCGAGAAUGGCGUGUACUGGGAAGAGUGCUACUGCGUCGACGAUGAAUGCAACGGUUCUCCGGGAAGCAUUACCGCAUCUUUCGCUGUACUGUGCGCGGCCAUUCUGCCCGUACUAAUUGCCAGAAAACUCGCGGCUUAAAGCUAACCGUUCGCUAACCGUUCAGAGUGCCUUUCACAAUCAAACAGUUUCCGUCCAUUUUACUCAACGCGCAAACAAACUGUCAAUAUGUUAGAACAUAAGAAACGCAAUUCGUCCAUUGUCCGUGUAGUUUUUAGCAUGGAAUAAUGUAUUUUACCAGACAUUCCCAGCAGUUAUCUCAUCUGAUCCUUUUCUCGAUGAUUUCUCAUUGCGGUAUAGCUAUUAAGCGACAAAACAUGACUGGAAAUAAACGGUUU